AAAAUUAUUAAAUUAGGGUUUUUUUGGACAAAUUCCCAAGGCCCAAUUUAUCAAUCGUCUCUUAUCGCUGAAACGGGAGAAAACCAAGUAGCGAAAACCGUAAUUCUUCUGACCCAAAGUUUGAAUUUACAGUGCUUCUUCGAGGUAUGGCCUUGUAAUCUUGCUUUGUUCUAAUUUCAUACUUUCUUGUGUCGCCAUAGCUGGACUCCCCUUGAGAAUGUAUUCGUUCUGGGUUCCUAUUUCAAGUUGAAAGGUGGAAACUUUUAGUCACUCUGGUCUGUGUUGUAAUUUAGGGUUUCUGUGAUUCUGUUAGUCAGGUUUAGGCUGGGUUUUGUCGGAUAUGAUUAAGCAGAUAUUCGGCAAGCUUCCAAGGAAGCCCUCGUCUAAAUCAUCGUCUUAUGGUGACUCGAAUAACAGUGAGGUUUCAGCAUUAUCAUCAGCUAAUGUGAAUUCAAAUAGCUAUGGUAUUGUUGCAAAUGGAAACAACUCAAAGGGUAAUGCAAAUUUGGGUAAAUCGGCAAAUUCGAGUAGUUCUGCUCCGGCUCGGUCUGCUAGUAAUGGGAAUUAUGCCCCAUUGAAGUCAAAUCAGGGGAAGAAGACGGGGCAUGAUGCUCAAAUGGGUCCUGUUGCUAUGAACUUAGUGUCUCCUUAUGAGGCCCUUCCAAGCUUUAGAGAUGUUCCCAACUCUGAAAAGCAGAAUCUUCUGGUUAAGAAGUUGAAUAUGUGUUGUGUGGUAUUCGAUUUCAGUGACCCUACAAAGAAUCUGAAGGAGAAGGAUGUAAAGAGGCAGACAUUGCUUGAACUGGUUGACUAUAUCUCAUCUGUAAAUUCAAAGUUCAAUGAGGUUACAAUGCAGGAAAUUACGAAGAUGGUGGCUGUCAAUUUAUUUAGGACGUUUCACUCACCUAAUCUUGAUAAUAAGCUGCCAGAUUUGUUUGACCCAGAAGAGGAGGAACCUGCUAUGGAACCCAUGUGGCCCCAUAUUCAGAUUGUCUACGAGAUACUUUUGAGAUUCGUGGCUUCACCUGAGAUGGAUGCUAAGCUUGCAAAAAGAUACAUUGACCAUUCAUUUGUUUUGAGAUUGCUUGACCUCUUUGACUCAGAAGACCAAAGAGAGAGGGAGUACUUGAAGACAAUUCUUCACCGUAUAUAUGGGAAGUUCAUGGUGCAUAGGCCUUUUAUCAGGAAAGCUAUCAAUCAUAUCUUUUACCGCUUUAUUUUUGAGACUGAGAAACAUAAUGGGAUUGCAGAGCUACUGGAAAUUUUGGGCAGUAUAAUCAAUGGAUUUGCCUUGCCCCUCAAGGAAGAGCACAAACUCUUCCUUGUGCGAGCAUUAAUUCCUCUUCACAAACCUAAAUGCGUAUCCAUCUACCACCCACAACUUUCUUAUUGCAUUACCCAGUUCGUGGAGAAAGACUACAAGUUGGCUGACACUGUGAUUAGAGGUCUUUUGAAGUAUUGGCCUUUAACUAAUAGUGGCAAGGAGGUAAUGUUUCUUGGUGAGUUGGAGGAAGUUCUUGAAGCAACCCAGGCUGCUGAAUUUCAACGUUGCAUGGUCCCUCUCACACGACAGAUUGGUCGCUGCCUCAGCAGCUCACAUUUUCAGGUGGCAGAACGUGCAUUGUUCAUAUGGAAUAAUGAUCAUAUAAGAAAUCUGAUUCUUCAGAACCGUGAAGUGAUAUUACCCAUUGUUUUUCCAUACUUGGAGAAAAACACCAGGGGUCAUUGGAAUCAAGCUGUUCAAAGCCUGACUUUGAAUGUAAGGAAGAUCUUCGCAGAUGCCGAUCCGAUGCUGUUUGAACAGUGUUUAUCAUGUUUUGAAGAGGACGAAAACCGAAAGGAGGAGAGACAGAAGAGGCGGGAAUCAAUCUGGAACCAAUUAGAAAACGUAGCAGCGUCCAAUGCUGCCGUGAGCCACGAAGGUGUCCUCGUUGCUCGGUUUGCCUCUUCCGUCGCCAUUGCCACCAGCACUAAUCCACGGACACCUGUGGCACCCGAGGACAGCACGUCCCACUGACUUCUCCAAAUUAAAGCCAUUUCCAGCGCGAGUUGUAGAACCGGAGAUUUUGACCCCAAGAACCGUAAUGCGUUACUUGGCGCCAACAUCCCCGGAAACAGACAGAUGGAGGGAUAAUGAAGAAUGGAGAUUAAGGUCAGCUUCUGUUGAUACCAAGUUGCUUGUCUGAUUUAUAUUUUGGGUUGGGGGAGGGUGGGGGCUGGAUCAUCUUUUCAUCGCCGGCCAUGGGCUUCUUCUGUACCAUAAAAAAACAAUCCUUGGUUGCAGAGAUAAUUUCUCUUGUGACCUCUAUCUUGAUAAAUAUUAUUCGGUUUUGUGACAAAACCAAAUAUUCCUUUCUGUAUUUCAGCUUUAUUUCAUUUCUAUGGGGAAGAAAUUUAUCUACUCCA